AGCUUCUCACUUCGUCUUCCGUCGCUUCCUCUUCCUCUUCUUCUCAGGCUCUCCUUUCCCUUCCCUCCCUCUUCCUCUCCCCUAGCCUCCCCGAUCCUAUCCAGUCUCCAUGGAGCACCAUCACCUGAUCUCUUCCGAACCUCGCGCCGGUCAAGAGGUGAAGACUGCGAAGGGGGAAGGGGUAGGUGAGUCUGUCGGAUCAGGGGAGGGCUGCGGCGUCUGCGCGAUUUGCUUAGACAAGAUUGCUCUGCACGAGAUGGCGCUUGUAAAAGGUUGCGAGCACGCGUAUUGUGUGACAUGCAUUUUGCGGUGGGCAACAUACAAUGAAAUACAUACUUGUCCUCAAUGUAAGCAUCCCUUUGAGUUUCUGAAUGUUCAUCGCUCGCUCGAUGGCAGCAUUCAGGAUUACAUGUUUGAGGAGAGUGUUUGUCUCCUCCUCAGAGCACAUUGGUUUGUAUCUUCGUCUUCGAUUAUAAAUACUCAAGACGUAGAGCCGCAGGAAGAGAGUUACAAUGAGCUAGAAGAACUUCUUCAAACUGAAGUCAACCAAGAACUCGAUGAUAUUGAACAAGAUGAAAGUUAUUAUGUCAGUAAGGCUAGUAUUCCUAUUGGAAACAGGAGAUGGUGGGAUAAUGGAUUUACAAGGACCGGAAGAAAAGAAGCCUGCCCUAUUGCUCGUCAAUAUCAUGACGAUGCAGCUGAAGUCGGCCCAUCUCAUGGUUCGAAGAAGGAGAUGCCUAAAGACGUCACAGGUAGAAGGGCAAAACGAGCAAUGAAACGAGAGGCAGCCAAUAAGGCCGCGGUAGAAAGGCAUGGAAGCCGUCCUCCUUGAAACUCGACCUACAAAGGUUAGGCCUCACGACUACUUCCUCUUAAAACUCGAGUAGUUAUUUUCUGUUUGUGUUGAAUAACCCAGCUGCAACUCUUGUACACGAAACUUAGGAUUGAACUUUUGCAGAUAAUUGAAUGCUAAUGAUUCAAGUAUUUUCAUUGUC